AACAGCAGCAUGUCCAGUGGGCGGCCCCCGCAGGAUUAAGAAAACGUGCACGGGCCAGAAACAGCCACGCCAACUAGUCCAGCCAAUCACAGCGCACCUUCUAAAGUGGAUGGUGGCCUAAUCUGCCUUAACGCGACCGCGACGUGCAUGCACCCCUCGAGCUUGGUUGCGAAAGCGUCGCAUCUCCGAUUUCCAUCUCCCACAGUAACUUAGCAGCUUGCUUUCAACACCACCGCUACCACUUCCACUACAUUUUCGACAUCUUCACCCACUCCUCCCAACUCAGCCGCCAUGUCCUCCUUCAUGUUCCGCCGCACUGCUGCCGCCUCCUUUGGCGCUGCCCGCGCCUUCAGCACCUCCUCCCCUCGCUCCAUUGCCCGCAUGUCCAUCAUCGGCAACCUUGCUGACACCCCCGAGGUUGUCACCACCGGCAGCGGCCGCGAGAUCAUCAAGUACGCCGUCGCCAGCAACAGCGGCCCCCGCGAUAACCGCCAGACCAGCUGGUUCCGCGUCACUGCUUUCCUCGAGGGCGGUCGCCGCGACUACCUCCUCACUCUUCCCAAGGGCGCUACCGUCUUCGUCGAGGGUGAUGCUACCCUCAGCUCCUACGAGGAUGCCAAUGGCACCAGCCGCACUGCCCUCAACAUUGUCCAGCGCAACAUUGAGGUCAUCCGCCGUCCCCAGAACCAGGAGUCCCAACAGUAAGCGGGGCAUCUUUCACGACCUGGUCUCUUUGCAAGAAGAGGUCUUUCCUCUCCGCUCCCGAAUGUAAUAGAAUAUAAUACGACAAAAAAAGACACUACAAUACCAAUCAUGCUGCGCGUGAUGGACCGCAGCGUUGUAUAGCUUCGUUUGUACACGAGUACGCAGAGGCGGAAGCUGAUGCGCUGUCAAUACAUAAUAUUUGCUCCAUCUAGUAUCGCUCGACUCUGAACUGUCUAUAUGCGUGUAAUGUGUCCGGAAAUAUAAAGAAGGGAGGCGAAAGCACACUUUAAACCAAAUAGCAGCUAUCCAUGCACCCGUAACCAGCUGCGACGCCACCCUCCUCGCUCUUGUCACCCUUGGUACGCAACAGAUAUCCGGCUGUUUCAUUGCGAAGAAUCUUACCGCUGGCCUGAUCCCACAAGCAUGUGCCGUAGACGCCCAACUCGCAGAUAACACCGCCCUUCUCGAUAUUGCCAUUGCGAAGAAUGAGGUUGGAUACGGGCGGUGGUGUGAUGAGCUCCAUUAGAAUGUAUGAACCCCAGUGCUCUUCUGGCACGGAGGCCAAAUAACCCGGGAUAGCACCACGGUAAAUGUUGUUGCCGCCUCCUUCUCUCUGGGGUUUUAGUACAUAGGCUGCCGCCGUUGCCGGGUCCAAUGCCAGCUUCCUUGCUGUCAGGCCAGCGGCAGAUGUAUCCAUAGGAUAUAUGUUGGUAAAUGUCUGGCUUAGUGCUGCUGCCUCUGCUGUAUCGGCCUUGAUAAAGGCACUGAGAGCCGAGGAUGUGGAGCCGGUAGACGGGGUAGCCAGUACCUGCUGCACCUUUUUCGUUCCAGCCAGUUGGGUCAGCACUGUAGGGCAUUUGAUAGCCGCCGAACGCUCAAGCUGUAGUCUGGCAUCCCAAGCCGCUUCGUCAGGGUAGUCGCCUGGCCCAUAGCCAGCUCUUAGAUACACAAUGGCAACUUCAAAUGUCUUGUUGCGGUUGCGCGGAAGAUGGUAGAGAAGCUGGCGCUUAGCAGUAUCAGCGAUCGAUGUAUGCUUGAGAAAAUCGCCAAAGGCAAGACGAAAGACAGGGGCAGUGGGUGAUGUCUUUGCGAUUUGAUAUUCGAGAUGGCGCUGAUCGAAUACGUUGCGCUCUCCACUUUGCACUACGAACAAGAUGCAUUUAGAAUGACCAAGAUCAGACUCCGGAUAUGCGUGAUAGGCCGCCUCAAUACCAGCCGCAAGGCCUUCAGUACUGGUGUUCUCGGGCAGGUCCAUGGUGUUGGCUUGU